AUGAGUCGACCUAUCCUGCUAUGUCUGGUUAUCUGGCUCCUCCUGUCCUUCUUCUUCGUCCAUAAAUUCGGCCAGUCACAACAAAUAUCCGUGGAUCGACCAACUGAGCGAUGGGCCCUGGACUUCGGCGCAGGUUGCCCUCUAGACCCUGCUGUACAGACGCCAAACACGAGCACAGAGGCGAAACUGGCGCGACCUCUAUCAGCAGGAGAGCUCCUCUGCCGACCCUUGCCUUCCGACCACUCUUCGGUCCCGAAGCUGCUCCAUCAGAGCUGGAAAACCAACGAGCUCCCCCUGAAGUUCGAGAAAUGGAGCACGGUGUGCCGCGAAAAACAUCAUGACUGGGAGUGGGUGUUAUGGACCAACGAGGACAACCUCAACCUGAUAAAGAAAGUUUAUAUCGAUCUUGACACCGAUUGCCUCCGUUCUACCUCAGCCGCCUUCGAGGCCUUCGACAUCCCAAAUGCCGAUAACGCCACCGGCGGCACCGACGACAAACACACCAACCAGUUCGCCGUAUUUGGGCGCAUGGGCACUGACGAGAGCUUCGAGACGAUCCCGAAUGCGCGGAUGGCCUCCUCUCCAGGACACCCAUUUUUUCUCAUGCCCCCACUGUCCUAG